CAAAUUAUUAAUCAUCGUCUAAAAUAUUUGUAACUUUGUAGAAAAAUAAAGGAAUAGCAAACAAAACAAAUGAAAUUUUGCAAUGGAUAGAUUUGAAUACAUAGAAGCGCGUCUAUUUGAUGGUGAAAAUUACCUCAAACGAGAUAAAAAUGUCAAGAUUUACGAUGGUGAUGAUAAGACCCAAUUUACCGAUGGAGAAGUAGUGUUAACUACUCACCGGAUUUUAUGGGGAAAGCCAGGAGACAUUCCUAAAGGAUUAGUGUGCCUCUCAUUACAUUUAUACUAUGUUUUCUGCAUUGAAGAAGAGAGUGGUGGUGUAUUUGGUCUUGGUGGGCCCAAGAGAAUUAUAUUACAUCUAGGGCCUGCACUACCAGGUAAAAGACCAGGCCCUGCAGUAGCGAGCCCAUUUCACUUUGUGAAAUUUUCCUUCAAGGAUGGUAUUGAUCAGGGUUUUUACAGAGCCCUUACUGAUGCUGUUACCGCUAAAGCCUGGGAGAGACCUACUCCCCUCUCCUCUCCAAUAAGUGCCACUAGUCCAAAUGCAUCACCAAAGCCCUCAGUGGCACCAGUCAAUUCUAAGAUGAGAUCAGGAAUAGUUGGUAUUGAAAGAAGCAUAGAGGAACAACACAGAGCAACUGAUCAAAGCAUUACUGUAGCAUUUCAGGACUUAAGAAAAUUGAUGGAGAAAGCUAAGGAUAUGGUUGCUAUAUCGAAGAAUAUUUCUAAUAAGAUUAGGGAUAAACAAGGUGACAUUUCAGAAGAUGAUACAGUGAGGUUCAAAGCCUACCUGAUGAGUUUAGGUAUUGAUGACCCAGUUACCAGAGAUGCAUUUAGAUCUGACUCAGACUAUUAUCUUGGUCUAGCACAACAGAUCUCUGAUAUGAUGGUUGCAGUACUUAUGGAUUGUGGGGGUAUCAUGUCAUUGGCUGAUGUAUGGUGCAGAGUAAACAGAGCUAGAGGUCUAGAGCUCAUCUCCCCUGAAGAUUUACUCAAUGCCUGCAAAUUGUUACCAACCAUUGGAGCUCCUAUGUCUCUAAGAAAGUUUCCAAGUGGUGCAUGUGUCCUUCAACUUAAUAGUAACAGAGAUGAAGAAGUUGCUAAAACUACUUCUGAAUUGCUUGAAGAAAAUGGUUACCUCACCCCUGUGAAGUUGUCACAGAUUGCGAAUGUAUCAGUGCUGCUAGCACGAGAGCGCCUCUUCACUACUGAGCGCCUUGGCAUGGCGUGUCGGGACGAAUCCAUUGAAGGCCUGGCAUUCUACCCCAACCUUUUUUUAAGAGAAGCCUAAUAGUAAUAAAAUAAUAUAUGAAUUGUUAAUUAUAAUGUAUAAGAGCUAAUUAAUGAAAUAUUUCCUAAAGAAAGGUAUUUUAUUAAAUAAAAAACACUUCUCAAGCA